UUUCAAUUAAUUUACUGUUCACAAUAAGUCACCGUUAUCGUUGUUGAUUAUCCAGUGCUCCGCUGGCCAGUGCACCUUCGCACAUUCGCCCCUGGAGUGUGUCACUAUCUUUACAGUCUUCCUUCUACGACUUUGGGACCCCAAGAGUCCCACCAUCGCGCCCUAGGGUCUCUACAACUUGUAGCAAAUAAACUCGAUCGAUAGCUUCAGUGUUCUCCUUGAGAGUGCCGCCAUUCUCAAGUCUCUCGGUAUGGUGUGGGGCAGAAUACAUGAACAUGUCGGCUCCAAGCAGUAUCGUGGCUGCACAUGUCAAUCCAAAAGACCCUAGACUUCUUCGGAGGCAAGUGUUGCACAAUGCCAGCAAGUCCACGUCCAGUGCUUCGCCCGAGAAAAACAAAUCUCCCGAUGUAAGAGAUGGAAACAUACCAGAGACAAGGGUUACAGCAGCUCCGCCUCCAGGGUUCAGCUCAUCUGAUCGAGGGACGGCGUUAAUGCCCAUGCUAUGUAACAUAAUUGAUGGGAGGCUACUGUCACGCAAACGGGAAGCGGUAGAAAGGUCUUUGCAACAGCAUGGAGAUGCAUACGAACAUACUCAACGUACUUAUUCAGAAUUCCCUCUUAUGGUUCGUCAAGCGGCUCAGAAUUUAAAACAUGCCCAGGAGAAGUUCGAAGCUGCUCAGAAAGCGGAAGAAGCACAUCUCGCUGCUGCUGAACCUGAAAAUAUUCUCCGUAUUCUUGUACAUGAGCCAGCGAAACAGUCAUCUGAGUUUGAAGCCCAACGGGCAGAGCUGAACGAUCUUCGACAGAAACUCAACGCUAUGCAAACACAAAUCUCAUCGGAGUCAAAAAAAUCGGAUGCCACUGCGACUGAACUGGCCAAGGUUACUGCCGAAUUGACCAAAGUAUCUGCAGAAAAUGACGAUUUAAAGAAACGCACGUUAGACCAGGAAUCCACCAUCAAAACACUCACUGCCCGCGUGAAAGGACUGGAAUCUUCUUACGGCGAACACGCGAAGACCAUGGAGGGCAAUGUCAAGACUGUGCGGUGUGAGAUGGAGGCUUCUUUCAAGGCUACAGAAACUAAGAUUUUAGGCUUUGAGGAAUAUCGCAAGAGUAUUCAACUUAUGGUUAUGGUCGUAAAAGGUGAUCUGGGCGCGGCGGUAGAUAGGAUUUCAAGUAUCGAGAAGAAUGUAGGUUCGGUGCAGGACAUCAAGUUACGCCAUGGCGAGGUCGAGAACUUACGAAAGGAGCUUGAUCAGCUUCAAGAGAGCUGCGAAGCCAGGGCCAAGGCAGCGGAUGCGACAAAGGAUCAAGUCGAGAGUCUCAAUAAUUCCACAGAUGCUCAGUCGGAAAGAAUCGCGAAAUUGUUCCGACAAAUAACAGAUCAGCAGUCAGAGAUCCAAGCCUUAAGCACUAACGUUGAUCUGUUCAAGUCCGAGAUAUCGGAGAGCUUGGUCGAUCAUCAAGCAUCGACUCUGACUAGUGUGUCCAAAAAGAUUGAGGACAGGAUUGAACAGCAAAACGUUGAGUUCGAUUUGGUCAAAGCCAGCAAUGACAGGCAGGAAAUGGAGAUAAAGCGUCUCGGGGAAGACUUGACUACCAGCUUGCGACAGGCAAAGGAGGUAAAGCGUAUCGAGGAAGACCUGACUACCAGCUUGCGACGAGGUCUGAAAGAGGCAGGAGAGUCUCUCAAAGCAUCCCUUGAUAACGCCAUUUCCGUUGAACGCAUCGAAAACGAACUCAAGUCUAAGAUAACGGCCUUGGAAAAAGAAGUACUCGAAAUUCGAAACUCCCCGCACCCAGCCUCGCAAGCGUCAACAGCGAAUGAUUCUAGCAGUGCAGCCAUCAUCACUAGGGUCCAAGAGCUUGAGACAAAUGCGAAGAAGGUUCAAGAUGCCAUCACUCUUGUGGGACACAACUUCCGAUGGUUGGAUCACCGCUUCAACAAUCUGGAGACUAGUCAGCUUCGACAAUCAAUAUUGAAGGCUGUCAUACCACAGCUGCCCCAAAUCGAGCAAGGCUUGGUAAAUAUCGCCAACCUUGAUAAUAUGAUGUCCAAGCUUCAGGGAGAGCUUGAGCAGGUUCGCUCAGAUCUUGAGACCCGAUCUAAGAAGAUCAAAGAAGAACUAGACACUAUGAUGGCCAAGACCUCGGAAACCCAGAGUGCGCAGCUUAGAUUGUACACCGACACGUCACAAAUGAAAGAGACGAUAAGUGGGUUAAUGAUUAAUCAGCAGAACGACGAGGGGAACUAUGAGCGAACCACAACGCGCCGCGCAAGAUCUGCACGUCUAGAUCGUGGCCAGGGCGAGUCGCAACCUCGUUCUCGAUCCAGUCGCGCGUAUGGUGACGUGGACAGUGCUGAUGAACUCAAUCCCGAGAGUUCAGAUCCAACACAUUCAGCGCUCCUCGAACAGUUCCGAGCAACUGCAACCAAGUCUAUCCACUCCACUGAUGCCCGUUCCCCAGUACCAUCAUCUCCGCUCAGAGGUCGAGAUGUCCGACUUGGGAAACGAAAAUACUCUGAAAUAGACUCACCAAGCCGCAACGACCGCAGAGCAUGAGCUGAUAUCCUACCGAUUUGAAUGCCUGAAGAGUUCAUAGUGAGCUUACACCUU